CUGCUACAGCAGCAGGCUAUACAUAGCCAUUCUCACACAGGGCAAGCAGCCUCAACUAGUGCAAUCUUCAAUGAAAAUCUUGAAGGACUUUAAUUAAACUCAUAAUACAAAAACUUGUUGCAAACAGUAUUUAUCUAUACCAGGAUUCUACAUAGUCAUAAUAUGGGUAUUCUUGCUGUGUUUGCCCUACCAUUGCUUCUUCUAGGGAUCAGUGGAAUCAUUUAUAUUUACCAGACAGUCAUAUGGCUAGUGUCCAAAUCAGCAGUGCAGAACAAGGUGGUGGUGAUCACAGAUGCCAUCUCUGGACUAGGCAAGGAAUGUUCUCAAGUGUUUCAUUCAGGAGGAGCAAGGCUUGUGUUGUGUGGCAGAACAUGGGAGAAGUUGGAAGCCUUGUAUGAUGCUUUAAUUAGCGUGGCAGACCCCAGUACAACAUAUACACCAAAGCUCAUUCUUCUGGAUAUCUCAGACAUAGACUGCAUUCAAGAUGUAGCUAAGGAAAUCCUGAAUUGCUAUGGUUGUGUGGAUAUACUCAUCAACAAUGCAAGUAUGAAGGUAAAAGGAGCAGUGCAGAGCAUUUCAUUGGAACUUGAUAAAAAGAUAAUGGAUGCCAACUAUUUUGGACCUAUAACAUUAACCAAAGCCAUUCUUCCCAACAUGAUUUCUAGAAGAACUGGCCAAAUAGUUUUAAUUAAUAGUAUUCAAGGAAAAAUAGGAGUCCCAUUUCGUGCAGCUUAUGCUGCUUCUAAACACGCUGCUGUAGGCUUUUUUGAUUGUCUUAGAGCAGAAAUGGAAGAAUUUGAUAUUUCUGUCAGCACUGUCAAUCCAACCUUCAUCUGUUCAUACCAUCAUCAGCCAGCACCUGGCAAUUGGGAGGCAUCAAUUUGGAAAUUCUUUUUCAGAAAGGUGACUUAUGGUGUGCACCCAGCAGAGGUGGCAGAGGAAGUCUUGCGCACAGUGAGCAGCAAGAAGCAGGAGGUGCUGAUGGCCAACCCUAUACCCAGAGCAGCUGUUUACAUUCGCACCUUCUUUCCUGAAAUGUUUUUUGCCAUUGUUGCCUCAGGGAUUAGGGAAAAACUGAAGACAGAACAAGAAAAUUGAUUUUGUUUCCUUCUCCCUGCUUACGACCUGAAAAAUGUUUACAUUUGAAAUAUCAUUUCUGCUACCAGUAUGGGUGGAAUAAAGCAGGAGGCUGCUACCCUAAACCUGCCAGUGUCUCAGUGAUUCACUACAAUUGGCACCCUAUCAUCUGUGAGAUUUCCACUCUUCUGGAUUUAGUGAAUAUGACAAGGGAAAACCUGAUAGGAACACCAUCACUGUUGUUACAGAGCAAUUCUCAAUAUAAAUGGGCAGGUCAAAACUUUGGGGACUUGUAACAACUUAUCAGAAUAAUCGUCAGAGCUGGGAUUGAUGGGGACUUAAUGGAAUGAAAGGAUUGAGAUGGAAGGAGAUGUGGGAGACAGAGGUAUACAAAUUAAUGGAAAAGGGCAUUGGAGCCCCAUCACAUUGUUCUCCAGAUACAGUUUUUUGUUAGUAUUUGUAAUGGAUAUUCAAAUAUUGACCUCCAAACAGAGCUCAUCUAAUUCAAUGCCUCAGCUGUGACAGAAUCCCAGAACAUAUGCAAAAAUAUAAGAAUGGGGCAAAAAUACAGAAUAAUGCUGUUGAUUAGAAUCUUCUAGUUUCUCACAACUGCUACACAAGCACAAUGCAUCCGUCUCUGCAUCUUAUUAAACUAUCCCUUCUAUCAAUUUUUUGCACAAGUAUUUUCAAAUUCUUGUUAAAAUAUUCCAUCCCUGAAGGCAGGAACUCAUCAUACAUUUAAAAACAUAUUCAUUUAUGCUUUCUUUAAAUCCGAUGUCAGAUAGUAUCUUCUGAUAUCUCCUACUUUUUUUCUGUGGAACAAAAAUCACUCUCAAUUUGUUCACUCUCUGUCAUUCAUACCCAUCAUACUUUCCAAGCAGUUACUUGUUUUCCAAGUUGAAGAGCCCUGUUGUCAAUUUGCCCUCUCUUUUGGAGGGCUUCUUAUUUUUCUUAAUGUCUUUCCUAGCUUAUCUGUUUGGGGUUUUACUGUUGUUUUUUUGCUUGUUUUGUUGUUGUUUUAAGACAGAGAGGCCACAGCUGCAUGAAGUAUUCAAGAUAGAUAAAUACUCUGUAUUCAUAAACAGGCUUACGUAUAUUUCCUGCAUUACUAUCCUGUGCUUUUCUUCUGCAUGUCUUUUACAAAAUCCUAGUUUUGAGAUACUUUUCUAAUGGCCACUGAAAAUUGAGUUUGCCCGUUCCUUCUGUUAUGUGAGGUUAUUAUGCAGCAGAUCCAGUGUAAGCAUGAAUGCUAUUCAUGUCACUUGUGUAAAUUCACCAAAGUUCUCUCACUCCUAGCUACAAGGUUUCUCUUCCCUAUCAUACUUUUCCAGUUCAAUACUUACUUUUUCUUACCCUGUGAGAUGAACCAGAAUGUAAAUAAAGCCAGAGCAGAAGUGUUCUGAUCUUAAGUUUCACAUCUGAAAGCUUAAAUUUUGUCUCUUAAAUCCUCCUCUUGCAUCUCUUGUGUCAUCAACGCAAUCAUAAGUGGCCACCUGCUCUUUUGCAAAUCUUGGCAAAAUGCCUUAUCUGCUGAACCCCUUUAUACUCCUAAAGUAUGCAACCAAUCUACACUUAAGGCUACAGCAAAGGCCAGUUACUCACACAGUUAAUACCAGCUGCACUAAUAUGCCUAUUCCUGUCAGUAAGAAUCACCAAAUGUGAAAGAAAAUUCUCAGUGCAAAGAAAUAUAUUCCUAUCUGGUGGAGAGAUUAACCUUUUCUCAUAUCACAAGUCCAGUUGCUCUGUUCUCAGGAAGCAAAAAUUCAUCUACUUCAGUCAGGGACGUUGUCCACAAUUAGUCAUAAGCAGUGAGUUUCUGCAUUACCCACUGGACCUCAAUCUGUAUUCUUUUGGAGGUAUGAGCUUCUAUUGUUGUAUGUUCCUUAAUAGUGAAGUCAAACAUCCAUUUUGUGUAUAUUUCUUCUCCUCAUCAGAAUUCUGUUCCCUUAAACAAAAGAACUGUACUGUGGUCUCUGAUGUGCUUGACUCUAUGCCUCAGCAAUAGCAAAACCUCAGCUCCACAAAGACAAAAUAUGAAAUAACUGGGCAGUUUCUCCAGAAAAGGCUCAAGGAAUCUGGAUAUCGCAGCUAAGUAGGUAUUAAUGUACUUUGCUGUAAAGCCAGGUAGAUCUGCCAUUAAAAUAAGCUAAAUAAUCUUUUUUGCUCCCCUUUGCACUUCCUAAAUAUCAGCAGAAAUUCUUGGUUCAUUUCAAACACUUCAAAAACAUUGAACAUUAUACAGAACGAAAGUGAAAAUUGUGAGAAUAACAAAGGCAUGAAGAAUCAAGAAAUUUUGAAAUUAGAAAGCAAAAGAAAGUUAUAUCUGAUAUUCAAAUACAUAAAUAUAUUGCCAACAGCAUAGAACUAAACUGUUCUCCCUUUCUGUUGCUGCAGGACAAACUGCAAAGGAGAUUUGCAGGAUAAGAAUUUUUUGCUAAGAAUAGCUAAGCAUUAAGGAUAAAUUG